AUGACCUUUGAGUGGAACUUUAAAUUAGCCGUCGUAUUUUUGGAACAGGAACUUUUGGUUCCAUCAGUUACUGACAACUUGGCAAUGUCAACAGCAAUUACAGAAAUAACUGAAAAAUUCUUCAUUGAAAAAUCGAUAAGAUUUGGAAUUCUUGUCUAUGGAGGCACGACAUAUCACCUUAGUGACGUCAUUAGUGGAUUUUUGGACAGAAUGAAUAAAAAUAAAUAUCCAGUGUACCUGAAACAUUCUUGGGGACGACAUUUGUCUAUUGACUGUCCAUUAAUAGUCUUUAUGAGGAACAAAAUGUCAUUAGAAUCAUUCAUAAAUGCAGCAAAGCUUAACAACGAGCUUCAUUCAGACAUGAAAAUCCUCAUUUAUCUAGACGAGGAUAUCCGAAUACUCCCGAGUCACCAGAAGUUCAUACUUGACAGCACUAAUCUCUUGGAUCAUUGCUAUUAUAUCCUUAAUGAGUUGAAUCAUGUCGUCUUCCUCACAAUGGAAUAUUUUAAUCAGCAUAGCUGCAAUCGACCUGAACCAGGCAUCAUCGAUGUUUAUCAUAAGAGAUCCAUGAGAUGGGAGGCUCAACUGCUUGACUAUGACAUUUAUCAGAACUUUUUCGGCUGUGAAUUGGUUCUGGUUGAAAAUUUUGGACCGUACUUUAAUUAUAAAAAUAAAAAUCAAGACAUAAUUGACUGCUUGGUCAACAAUCACCCAUUCUGCGCCCACAUCAUGUACUACAUAUCACAGGAUGAACAGCCACAAGGACUUGCUGUUGAUCUCUUCGAAAUGACAUCAAAGUCUGCAAACUUGACACCAAUUUUUAAGCUUAGACUUCCAACAGACAUUGAGAAAUUCUACAAUAUUAAGGAACAAUAUCCAGUCAUUCAGUUAACUAUUGGAUCACUCUACAAAGACAUUGGAUAUCCAACACCAUUCAUUAUGGAAUCAAAUUACAUCAUAGCUGCAACACCGAGUGAUUUUUACACAAAUUAUGAGAAGUUGUGGCUGCCUUUUGAUGACCAGACCUGGAGUCUCGUUGAAUUAUUUGAGUUUAUGACGACAGAUAUGAGGAAGCCACCGCCAAGUACAAUUGAGGAUCUGAUUGAGAGGAAUUAUAAGAUUCUGACAUGUGAUCAGGGAGAUUUGGAUGAAUUGGUGGAGAUACUUCAUGGAAAGGAUGUUUGGAAGAACGUCCAAAUCUUCAACGAUUGCUCUCAAAUAUUCACAAUCUACUGCAGCACCUUUGACAAUUCAAGUGCUAAACUUGCAUUUUUCAUAGACAACGGUCAAUACUCAACAUAUGCUUCAAUGUGUCAUGGAACUGCUAUUGAGCUCAGAAACUUUAAAAGUGACACUUCUCUAAUUACUUUAUUUACAACACAUAGGAGCAUCAUUCAUAAACAUUUAAGUGCCACACUUGAUAAAGUCAUACCUGCCGGAAUUCCUCAAUAUUUAUUUGAUUACUAUAAAUCAUUGCUUUUCAAGAAGUUUGAUAGAAUUGAGGACAAAAGCCCAAAAGUUUUAGCAGUUGAUGAUUUAGGAUUUGGAUUUGUUUUGUGGCUGUGUGCGUGUGGAAUUUCAGUGGUUGGAUUCUUGUUGGAAUUGAUGACAUUGAGAAUGAGAAUGUCGAUUCACAAUUUUGUUGGAGUUUUUGGAAUUUUGGAAGUGUUGAAGUGGUAUUUAAGGAUUAGAGCUUAG